AGAAAAACACACAAGAGCUGCGCAGCAAAAAUACACGAGACCCACCCCCCUGACCUUAUCUUCUCCGCAGACCCCACCCCCCCGACUGUGUCUUCUCCAAACGACCACCCCUGAACUUCAUCUCCUUCACCUCUCAAUCACCAAACCAAUAGCUGCCGAGCUCCAUCACCACCACGACCACACACACACACACACGAUACUCCUUCACGCACAUCUCACUUUAUCCAACCAACAACUAGAACUAUUUCUGGAAAUCAAGUCAGAUCUGAAACUCAAACAGAGCUUUUUUAAAAGAAAAAAACAAAAGACAAAAACAGAGACAAAAGGAGGAUUUGAAAGCUGUCCGAACUUCCACUCUUCUACUUAAGCUUUCUGAAAUUCGAGUGGCAUUUGAGUUGUAGAAGUGUUGUUCGAUCGCUGAAUCGACUGCUAUUGUUUCGUUGAGGUUUCUGGUCGUUCUGUCCGUGUUUAGCUUCGUCGGCCUGAGUUUCACGGGCAGGAGGUUCUUUGAAAAAUUGAAAGUAAUUCAGGUUUUCUGUCUCAGCUAACGAGUCUGGUCAAGACUGGCAAAACACACAGGAAAUGGCAAGAAAUAUGGGUCAUCUCUUGAGAUCGAUGAUUGAGCUUCCAGUAUCCAAAGUUGGUUUUACAAAGAACUCAGCUGGUCGACUCAUUUGCUCUUCAACUCAAGGAGCGCAAAUCAAACAGGAUCGUCCUGGAGAGCACGAUCCUCGUACCUCAGAUGAGAAGGAGAAGGUUGAUAACAAAAAUGAAGGGAGUACUGAAGUUGAGGGCGAGAAUGAUGAAGGGGGCAGUGAUCACAUUAAUAAAAAGACUGGUGAGAUUGGAGGCCCUAAAGGUCCUGAGCCCACCCGCUAUGGCGAUUGGGAGCGUGGUGGUCGCUGCUCUGAUUUCUGAUUUUCUUUCAGCUUUUGAUUCAACUUCCAUCUCAUAGGUGAUGAUUUACCCGUUGCAUAUGUGGGAGACGAAUAAAUAAUAACGUGAGUGACAGUCAAAACAGUCGUGUUAGUUUCGAAGUUUUCUUUUUCUGAUGAUAGGGUUGUUCCUCUGAUGCUUGAAUGUUGCACUCAUUGAAUAAGAGCAGUCUGAUAGUAUAGGUGAUAAGUCUUGUUAUUAGGAAGUUCUCUUUAUGAUUAUGGGAAUGCCUGGCUGAUGCCGCAAUAUUGCAGUGUAUCAAUUAACGAUAGCAGCGUUUAGAGGAUUGUAUGAUUUGAAGUUUUCUGAUAUUUGGGACCUAUUUAUGUCUC